UUGAAUAUUGUGCCGCAAAAACGAAAAUGUAAAAAAUGCGAACGGAUUGUGUCUGCUGCCGAAGAAUCCCCUGGUUUGAUAAGCGUAAGUUGUUAAGUUUGCCAAACUAUCGUAACCUAUAAAUAUUCUAGAUCCGAUGCUCCAGGUGUAUGAUAAGGAUAGCACCACGAUCAAAUACAAUUUUUGCGAAAUCCCAUUUAACAUGGAUAAAAAUCAUGGCAAUUUUAAAUUUGUAUUCCCAGAAGUAAGUUACAUGAUGAAAAAUGAUCGAAAGGUUCAACAAAUUUUCCAGAAACGAUAUUGAAACGAUACAUCAACAAACAAAAAUAUCGAAAGUGGCAGUUUCCACAAUUGUUGGAAAUUUGAGCGAUAUCCAUGUAGCGUGAGUUUUAGUUCAAAGGGUGGGAAAUAUUUGUAUUCUGAGAAGGAAUGUCUUGAAUAAGUUCUUCCAACUUUUUUUUGCUGAUUUGCUUAUCGGUCAAACAGUGCGUAAAAAACGUCAUUCAGACGAGGUUCCAGGUUUCAGAAAGUUCAACAAUCAGCAAACUGAAAUGUUCUAAAAAGGAACAAUACAAAUCCAAAUUAAAAUUUUAACAAAUUUCUCAAAAAAAUAAAUUAUUUGUUACGUGACGUGACCCCCUUCAUCAAUCCAAAAUGUUUUCUCGAAAUUCUCCUCAUUUCAGAAUUAUCUUGCACUGGAAAAAUGAACAACGAAAGAAACAUGCAUAUAGUAUUGAAUCAACAAUCUGUUGUUUUGGCGUUACAAGAAAAUAG